AUCCCAAUAAUCUCUGUGUUUAUAUUUUAGCUCUGUUUUUCCCAUUGAAUCCCGAUUUCACAUGGAUUGUAGAGUGGGAAUUAUACUUUUAGUAACCCAAAAGUCUGAAAUUCCGUUUAUUUGAGUAUUGCUUUGAGGAUUCAUCUGCGGAUCUUUCUUGAGCCGAGUGACUCUUUGGCCGUGAGUUGCUGCCUUCCUUUGCUUCCCAGACCCUGAUAAUAGUUCCUAUGAGCGGAAAACACCGAGUAUAAUGAUGAUUUGAGCUAAAAUUUAUACACAUGUACCUUUGGAAUUAUAGAAUUCUUCUUAUGCUCAAUGUUAUGAUUGCACAAUUCCCAACAUAUUUACUUUCCAAAGUAGUGAAAUUGGAAACCUAACAAGAUACUCUGAGGUUCAAUAGUAGUUGAUAAGAUUCAUGUGGUAGUUGAAGAGAAGAUGAGGUUCUAAGUUCUUUAAUGAGGAAGGUUGUGAGGCAAGUAGUGUAAGGCCAUGCCCUUGUUAUUCGUUGAAUUGUCAGUUUUAAGAUGCCUAGAAUCUUUAGAUGGGCUGAAUCACGAUUCACGCCAUUAUGAGCACUUCACUUGCUUGAAGCUUGUGAUUCCAUGGUAGAUAUAUAAAGGAAAGGCAAGGCAAGGCAGUUUGAUAAGAUGAAUUGAGUUUGUGUAUGAAAUGAUGGAGAGGAAUUUGUUUACCUUAGGACUAUGGAUACUGUUUGAUUUCUAUUCAUUACUUGUUAGUGGAGGUGUUUAAUGGGUUAGGGCACGGUAAAACCCGUGAUCCGGCUCAUGUUGAAAGGAUCAGCUUGUUAAUUUUCUUAAAAGGGUGGAGCUUUUAAAGGGUCAAAUGGACCUUUGGCCCAGCCCGGCCUGAUCCACUAUAAAAAUAAUGUGACCCGAUCUGACCUGUUAAGAAAUUGCCCCGCCUUGUUCCGCCCCAUUGAACACCUCUGUUUGUUAGGUUCCAAAGAAAGCAUUGUCUAUUAAUGGAUAAUAGCUUCAACUUCAAGGACAGUGAUGAUCUCAAGCUAACAAUUUGUGCAAGCACUUUGCCUGUUUAUCCCCUGUUAGAUUUCCUUAUGUAUUAGUAACUUUUUUAAGAUCUGUGCAAGCAGAUCGCGAGCUCCUUAUGCUAUUAACUCCAAUUUUAAAUUUGAUUAUCCGUGACGACCACUGAAACUGAUCUAUCAGUUAUGUAGCCGACCCUUAUCUUAUGGCAUAGACGCUUUCGUAGUGUUAUUGUUGAUGACACAAAAGUGUUUCAUGUUUUUCCUUUCUUCAUUCUUAUUAUAGCUAUUUUGAGUCUUAUUUUUUUGAUGUGAAUUUGUUUAUUUGACACAGUUUGAAGGUUGAUAUCAAUUUUGCAUGAUUUGGAUUCCCAGGAGGUUGCUAUGGGUUCCAGUACCUGCUGAAAUGAAAAAAGGUAUUCCUGAAUGUAACAGGAGAGGAACAUAUGAUUUCUAACUUAUUCCUCCUCGGUCCCAUUCAUUUUGCAUCAUUUAGAUGAAAAAGUGCAAAAUGAGAGGGACAAUGGAAUAUUAAGUGAUUUAUAAAUUAUGAGCACUUUUUAUAUAUGUUAAGUUGCAAAUGAUAUUUGUUACCCAAUCGGGAAUAACUUUUUUAUUAUUACUAACAAGGGUAAGGUGUGUGCGAUCUACCUCUCAAAGCCUACUUAAGUGGGAACCACUUAGUGCCUCUGUGGUAUUGGACAAUUGGGUAUUCAAAUUUUGUUGACUAAAUCUCAUGUAUAGAAAAAUCCAUUCAUAAAUUCUUAUAGGAGACGGUCUCACCAUGAGACGUGCUUCAUAUUUGAGUUAAAUAGUCCAAUAAGAGCAACUUUUAGCAUAAUAGACUUUUUAUAUAGACUCAUCUCACGGUAAGACGGUCUCAUAUCACCUAAAAUCCAUUGCCUAGCUAUUGCUGUGAACUGUGUUUGCCACUCAUGAUUUUUGUUCUGACAAUUAAAAAUUACAAAAGUGGAUUUACCAAACAGGUCUUUAUAAGCUACUAGGCUUAAUUAAUCCAUAUUUUUUUUAAUGAUGGGGAGUUGCCUUUCUAGCUUUGCUAAGAUCUCUUUCAAUUUUUUUAAAAACAUGUAGGCCCUAAAUCUUAAGAUGAGUUAUAGGAAAUAAUAUGGUCUGGACAUCCAUUUUUAGGCACUAAAUUUCCCGAGUAUGGCCUUAAAAGUUUGGCUCUAGUUGGUGGCUCAAGUGUCAGACUACUGAUUUUCCAGUUCACUCAUGUUACUUUUCAUGAAUCAUAAUCUUGAUGUAAAGAUUUUUGAGCUUAUCAUUACCAAAAUAUAGUUUGAGACAUCGUAAAAUUAUUCACAUUGUCCACAAAAGUCGUUAUGCCUUCAAUUCUAAUAGGAUACAACUUAGAGCACCCAUUAUUGUUACGUUGUUCAAAUGGGUGUUUGGCUUUUAGUUGAGACUUGAGACUUGAGACGAGAUUUUUAAAUUAAAAAGUCUCACUCCUUAUUUGUUAUGUUAGACUUAUUUGUUAUAUUAGACUCUUAGUUAAGAUUUCAGAAAUAGCAUUUUAACCUUAUGUACUUGCUCUAUAGGACACUUUCGACUUUUUUUAUGGUGGACGUUGGUUAAAUUUAAGACCCUCUCAAUUAUUCUUCCCAGUGAACAAAGAAGGACUUGAAACACAUUCUUUUUUCAAAUUUCCCAUUUCCUCCCCCAAAGCCUUCCUACCAAACAACCCCUUGAAGUUCUUUUUUCUUUUUUUUUUUUCUUUGUUGAUCUAUACUUAAUUUGCACAGGAUACCUGCCUGUUUUCUCAUAUUGAUCUGGGAUUGGAAUAAAUUUAGUCACAUGUGGCAUGAGGCUUGUUUGGUGAGGUUGAAAACAAAAGAAAAAUAAAGGAUGGGCAAAAUCAAUUUUGUAGAUCCAAGGAGAACUUAACCAACAAUGAUAGGACACCCAUAUAGAGACAAAGGGAUUGAUGAAAAAUGCUUGGUUCCAUGAUGUUUCAUUUUCUCUCUUCUGCUGGUUCUGCCAUGUGCUUUGGGACCCAUCUAAGCAAAAUCAAGAUGUAGCCUUUAAUCUAAUUAAAAUACUUACUAAAUUAAAUCAAAAAGUUGUUUAAUUAUUGCCUUUUUUAUUAAUAUGAUGGCUACCCCAAUUAGAUUCUCUGUGUUACAGACAAAAACAUAAAGUUCCCUCUUGUUUAUAAUAGUUCUAUUAAAUAGAAGUAUUACAAUAAUUGAGUAAGUCUUGCCUCAUUUGUUGAAUUCUAGCGAAUUAGACUAUUUUGCUUUCCUUUCUUUUAAAUACAUUGAACUGUUCUCCUCCUACUUCAUGUAUUUAGUUGAUCUCCCCGGUGUGGAAGGUACGUCACUCGAAGUUAGAGGUGUUCAUUCGAGUCAUUAGGUUGAUUUCAGGUCGAUUUGAAAUCGGGUUUUGCUUCCAUAUUGAUUUUCAAAAGUGUAAAUCAUCUUUGAAAUCGGGUCAAAUCGGAUUCGAUUAUAAGGUCACAUAAAUUUUGGGUCAUUGGGUAUGUUUUGAACACCUCUACUCGAAAUAUAUUAGCCAAGUUUGAUACUUAAACCAAAUACACUCAAAAAAAUGUUAUCUCUAAUAAUAUAAUGUAGUAAAUUUAAAAGAAUAGAGCACAGACGAGUAUAGGUUUGCAUGUCCAAGUAACAUGAUUAGUAGAGGUGAGCAUUUACAUUAUUCAGAUGUGGUAUGGUAAUCAUGGAGUAAUAAAUACUACCUCAAUAGUCAAUCUCAUCAAUUUUAUCCCAUAGCCAGUCAUGGUAAAGUAGUAUUUUAUAGAAAAUGCAAAAAUUGCGUAGAUAAAAUAAAAAAAUAAAUUAAUUAUAAUUGAGUCAAAAUUAAAAGUAAGACAAAUUUAAUGAAACAGACUGAGUUAAAUUUCGUAGAAUAGAAGUAGUUUCAUUUGUUAUGAUGGUUUUCACUUUUCUUUCUCGUGAUAUAACAUGAUAUGUACCACUAGGACCCACAUAAUUUCAUUCUUUGUCUACCUUUCAGUCAACUGUCACAUUCAGUGCAAGAAUUUAGACCCUCUAUGUACUUCUACUAUUGAGAGGCAUAUAAAAGAAUCUUAAACUUUCCAUUUUGUUAUCUUUUUCUCUUUUUGCCUUAAGACUUAUAUCAACUAAAGUGUUGUGUACUAAAUAUAAAGGACUGAGAAGUAUACUGCCUCUAUUUGUCUUCACAAAUUGCAUCCCAUAUCCCAUUCUAGUUGUGUCUAGUGUUCACAAAAUGCCCAACUCAUACUUCCCACUUAGUUGGGAGAGCACAGGAGACCAAUGGUGGUAUGCAUCUCCCAUAGAUUGGGCAGCAGCAAAUGGUCUUUCUGACUUAGUCAAACAACUCCUCUGCAUUGACCCAAACCUCCUCAUCAAACUAACCUCCCUUCGUCGCACUCGUCGCCUUGAGCUUGUUUGGGAAGACCCAGACAACCUUAAGGCGACAGAUGCGAGGCCCUACAACGAUAUCACUCGUUGCAGGGCCCGUGUAGCUCGAGCACUGCUCAUGGACUGUGAGCCCAAACAUGGUGAUGGGCUGCAGUCCAACUCUCUGAUGAGAGCAGGCUAUGGUGGGUGGCUCCUUUACACUGCUGCUUCAGCAGGGGAUUUGGGUUUUGUUAAGGAAUUGCUUGAGAGAGAUCCUAAUCUUGUGUUUGGAGAAGGUGAAUAUGGUGUUACUGAUAUUCUUUACGCGGCGGCUCGGAGUAAGGAUUCAGAGGUUUUUAAGGUUGUGUUUGAGUCUGCUAUGAAUGUGAAUGAAGGUGGUUGUCAUGAAGUAGAGAGUUUUGUUGAUGAGAUGGUGUGUAGGGCUGUUCAUGCUGCUGCUAGAGCAGGGAAUUUGGAGCUUCUUAAGGAGCUUUUGGUGGUUUGUUCUGAUGUUUUGGGUUAUAGAGAUAGUCAAGGUUCUACCAUUUUGCAUUCUGCUUCUAGUAGAGGCCAGCUUCAGGUAGUGAAGUAUCUAAUUGCUACAAUUGAUACUAUCAUUGACUGCACUGAUAACCAAGGCAACACAGCAUUACAUGUUGCUGCAUACAGAGGACACUCAUCUGUAGUACAGAUUUUAGCCCAAGCAUCACCAUCAUUAACCACAUCGAGAAACUCUGACGGGAACACGUUUUUGCACAUGGCGGUGGCAGGGUUCCGAUCCCCUGGUUUCCAUCGAAUCGACAAGCAAAUCGAGCUUAUCAAACGACUAACAACUGUUGCAAUUGUCAACUUAGAAAACAUCAUCAAUAACCGAAACAAUGAGGGUAGAACUGCCCUGCAUAUAGCUGUUACCGAAAACGUUCAAUGCAAUGUUGUGGAGUACCUAAUGAGUGUACCUUUGAUAAAUCUAAGUAUCCGGGAUGAUUAUGGAUUAACCCCUCUAGAUCUCCUCAGGCGAUGCCCUAAAACAGUAACGUCCAAUCUUUUUAUCGAGCAGCAUAGAGUACAAGGUAUUGGAACAAGUCCUGGGACUUCAUUCAGAUUACCUGAUGCUGAAUUGUGCCCGUUUUCAGCAGAAGAUAACGAGUCCGAUAUAAAUUGUGAACUUUCGAGUAGUAGAUUCAGCUCUUGCUCGAGUGAAGUAACAAGCCAUUUUGCUUUGGAGAAUAGUAAGAAAUCUUCAAAACGGUUAAGAUUUCUCCUUCGGUUUUUGAAGAAAAGUGACGGAAAAUUUGCUGGUGCAAGAAGGAAUGAGGAGCACAAUGAUGUCGAUACAUUGAGAUUGUGCAGAAGUCUAGACAACGAAUUAACACCACUCAGGCAAAAAUACUCGAGGGCACUUAAGCCAAGCCAUUCUGCUCGAGAGAAAUUCACUAAAAGCCUAAUGCAAGGAGUAAUGCAAGCAACACCGCCCAAAUCGUGUUUUUCGUUAAGUCGAUAUUCUACUUCAAGCCCGUUUUCUAGAUCAUUGGCAUCUUCGCCUUCUUCGUUAGAUAAACGAAUGGGAGAUUACGAAGGUAAAAGUGUUGGAAAAUCCUCGUUCUUCAGUGGGCCUUUACAUGGUGAAAGAUCAGUAUUGGGUGAUAGACAUAAAAGGGUAAGCUCUUUCAAUAAGAGUUUGAUGAAUCAAUACUUCUGUUUUGGGGCUCAAGGUUUAGCCAUAGAAGAUUCAGAUAAAUGCACAAGAUCUAACAGUAGUUGCAGAAGGCUUGUGUUCUAAAUUCUAAUAUGGUAAGUACUAGUACAGUGUGGGUCAGAUACUCACUUCUCAAUAUUCAUAGGUGUGGUCUAGGCUCGUUCGAGCCUAUGUUCACCAUGACAGUUAGCAUUGAUCUAGUGUUUUUUACCUCUAUAGGUCUAGGUAAAGUAAUAGUACCAUGAAAUUCUACAAUUUCUUCUUAUUCAUAUAUAAAAUGGGUUGAUAAUUUGGCCAAUUAUCAAUUCAUCAUCCUAAUUCCUAUGUAUAUGUGUUGAUAAUUUCCGAUUGUCCUUUAUUUUAUUAAGACCAAAUACUUAUAGUUCUUUGUUUUAGAUUAUUAUAACAGUAUUAAAAUGACUUAUCAAA